AUGGCCAUCGCAGCUAACGGCAACUCUUCGUCUCACGAGCUCGCUCCCGGGCACUUCCUCUUCACCUCCGAGUCGGUCGGUGAGGGUCACCCGGACAAGAUCUGUGACCAGGUUUCGGACGCCAUCCUCGAUGCCUGCCUCGCUCAGGAUCCCUUCUCCAAGGUCGCCUGCGAGACCGCUGCCAAGACCGGUAUGAUCAUGGUCUUCGGUGAAAUCUCGACCCGUGCCAACAUCGACUUCCAGGCCGUCGUCCGUAACACCAUCAAGCAGAUCGGGUACGACUCGUCCGACAAGGGCUUCGACUACAAGACCUGCAACGUCUUGGUCGCUAUCGAGCAGCAGUCGCCCGAUAUCGCCCAGGGUCUCGACCACGGAAACUUGGAGAGCCACGGUGCCGGUGACCAGGGUAUCAUGUUCGGCUACGCUACCGACGAGACCCCCGAGAUGAUGCCCCUCACCAUCACCCUUGCCCACAAGCUCAACUCUGCUAUGGCCGCUGCCCGUCGUGAUGGCUCGCUCGGCUGGCUCCGCCCCGACUCCAAGACCCAGGUCACUGUCGAGUACAAGAAGGAGUCUGACGGAUCCGUCGUUCCCCUCCGUGUCGACACUGUCGUCAUCUCCACCCAGCACGCCGAGGAGAUCUCCACCGAGGACCUCCGCACGGAGCUCAUCGAGAAGAUUGUCAAGAAGGUUAUCCCCAAGAACAUGCUUGACGACAAGACCAUCCUCCACAUCCAGCCCUCCGGCCGUUUCGUUAUCGGUGGUCCCCAGGGUGAUGCCGGUCUUACCGGCCGUAAGAUCAUCGUCGACACGUACGGUGGUUGGGGAGCCCACGGUGGUGGUGCCUUCUCCGGAAAGGACUGGUCCAAGGUCGACCGAUCGGCCGCCUACACUGCCCGGUGGAUCGCCAAGUCCCUCGUCGCUGCUGGCCUCGCCAAGCGCGCCCUUGUCCAGCUCUCGUACGCCAUCGGUGUCGCAGAGCCCCUCUCCAUCUACGUCGACUCGUACGGAACCGGCUCGAAGAGCGAUGCCGACCUCGUGGAUAUCAUCCGCAAGAACUGGGACCUCCGUCCGGGAGUCAUCGUGCGUGAGCUCGACCUCCAGAAGCCCAUCUACCUCAAGACGGCCUCGUACGGUCACUUCGGUAACGAGGCGUACAACUGGGAGAAGCCCAAGUCGCUCAAGUUUUGA